AUGGAUUUUUCCGGGAAUAAUACGAUUCAAGGUUCUCUUCCGCAAUUUUCGGAAUUAACAUCUCGAUCGAACGUAGUUUCGACGUCAAAAUUUACUAGUGGCGAUAAUACUCAAGUAGAGCAAACGACUGUUUAUACAACCGCUGUUGGAUCAAAUCAGACGAAACAAAGUUUGCUGGUGAAUACGACUAACAAGUACACAGGGCCAAUAUUAGCAUGGCCAGAUCCAAACACAUUGAUGCAGCUUUGUGAGAAGCAAGGCAUUCAGACUAUUAACAUUCCUAAUUACAAUCAAAAUAGCCCAAUACUCAGUGUUCAGUCAAAUAGUUUACCAGUAAGAAUUAUACCUAAUAUGUAUUUGCCAUCAACCUCGCAGUCAGAGAACAUAAAACCAGAGUUAGAAACAAGGACUGAGAAUGAGAAACAAAUGUCUACAAUGCAAGAUUCACACGUUCAACUUCAACAACAAAGUGCCAUGGCAGAGUAUUUUCAAAAGUUGCAAGCUACAACUCUACCAUUAACUUUACAACAAUUGAUUAAACUGCAGACAGAGCAGGUGAAAAAAGAAAAGACUGAAGAGGAAAAAGUGGAGCACGCACAGAACAACAUUCUUAACAUUCCUAGUGUUCCAGUAUUCAGAAAUACUCAAUUACAGAAUGGAAACAAUACUUUCAUGAAUACGGAUCAAUUGUUAGUGUCCAUAAAUCCAAAUGAUCUAAAUGUUCAAAUAGAAAAUCCACAAGAAAAUGAGAAUACAGUACAGACUGUUAAAGUUGAGCAACAAAUACAAACAGAUUCGCCAAAGACCGAGAAAAAAAUGAAAUUCCGAGCGAAAACCGGCGAGAUAAAAAUUAGCGUCGCUCUGGAUGGUUCAACGCUUUACUGCUGUCCAGAAUGCAAUUUAGCGUUCCCGGAUAAGACGGAAAUUGAACAACAUAUACAAGCUCACAUACAGGAACGCAAGUAUCAAUGCAAAGAGUGUGGCGCUAUGUUGAAACGAAAGGAGCAUCUCGAUCAACACAUGCGUGGUCAUUCAGAUGAGAGGCCAUUUAAAUGUCCAGUGUGCCAAAAAGCGUUCAAAAGAAACGAACACUUGACAAGGCAUUACGUUAUUCAUUCUGGCGAUAAGAAUUUUUCGUGUUCGGUAUGUCAGAAAGCCUUCUCUAGGAAGGAUCACUUAAACAAACAUACUCAAACGCAUCUAGGAAUUAGAAGGAAUAGGACAAAGAAAGAUUCAUUUUUCGUGGAGCAAAAAGAAUCUUUCGAAAAGGCUCCCGAGGUUCCUGCAAUGCCUAAACAAGAAGUGAGUUUCGUGUUGAAAGAUGGAGGCUUCAUGAAGCAAGAGCCUAAUUUCCUGCAGUACAUCCAGAAUCUCCAGAAGGAUCAGAAUCUGAUCCACACAUUCUCCUCGUUCAAGGAGCAAGCGAUGAAGGAGGCGAACGUGCUGCAGCAGCAGGCAGUGAACAUGAACGAGAUUCUGCCUCAGAAUACAAGAUUCGGAGAAGUUCCCAUUACUUUUGACUCACUCGUGACUCACUUUUACUGAGACUCACACCAUUAUGCGUGAAAGCGUAAACCAUACUGUUCAUUUCGUCUAAAUAAAUUUCCAAAAUCGAUUUUACAUCG